AUGCCAGGUUGGGAAGAUAGCUCAUGGGGUUACCAUGGUCAUGAUGGACUAAUGGUUUUUAACAGUGAAGGCAAGCCGUUUGGACCAAAAUUUAUGACCAGUGAUACUAUCGAUACUAUCGGAUGUUGCUUAAACUUUAGAAAUAAUACGGUAUUUUAUACAAGAAACGGAGUGAAUCUAGGUGUUGCAUUUCGAGAUUUGAAAAAAGCUUUGUAUCCUUACGUUGGAAUGAUGUCGACAGGUGGUUCUGUAGGAGCAAAUUUUGGCUAUAGAAAGUUCAAAUACACAGUUGAAAGGAGCAUAGCAACAUUGUCUGGUAAACUCACAGGUAUUACUUUGCUAAUUGACCAUUUUGGUACGCAUUUAGAUUUACAAGAAAAAGUUAUAAACUUAUAA